GAACAGGAGAUCCUUUAGUUUUAUUCGCUCCACAUUACAGUUACACAUGAGCCAGGUCCAGGACAAGAUCAGCAUGGCGGCUGGAAGCGUAGCGGCCGGGGGACUCUACAUGCAGACAGAGUUAACCAGCAUGGCCAACAAGAAGCUGCAGAACCUUGGGGUUCAGGUUGAGGCGUCUGAUCAGUAUAGGAGACCCAUAGUGAGGAAAAACCCCUCCAAGCAGGUCCUACCCAAAAUGACUAAAGUGAGGAAACUCAGGGAACGGUAUGUGGCGAUAGCUGACAAGAGAUGGAUGAGAUUUGACCGGAAGGAGAACUGUUUUCAGAACAUUGUUCAUUUGGUACUCGAGGAGCAGGAAGAACCGCCGUCUGAUGACUCUGGAUCAUGGAAGGAGGACGUUUCCGACUACCAAAACGGUGUGUGUAGAGACGUGGAUGUUGUUGCAGAGUGUGCGGAUAUAUUCCCUGACAACGAUCUGACAAAAACCUCGAAUAACGCAGAGGUAAUAAACGUAUCAGGGACCCAAUUUUUGGUGGACUUCUCAGUUUUUGAACCAUACCCUGAAACUUUACUGGGCUCCAGUCAGAUAAAAAAGUAUUACGUCGAAUCAAGAGAGGAAUACUUCCUAGAAAAACAGAAACACGUGUUCAAUGCUGUGAUGAGAUUCUACACUAACGACGAGGAACUCAUUUGUCCCCCUUGUAUACCUAAACAUGUUUUUGAGACAGAGUUAGAGUUCUACGGACUGGAAUGUUACCUUCACAAAGUGAACGCUGCCCCAGUGGCUGACUUGAGGGAGUACAAAGCGAAGAGUAGGAGAGAGGAGAUACUGCUUCAUAUUGAGUUUCCAGGGUACUCCAGACUAGCUACCGCUUAUGCUAUCUUCGAUCUGUUGAUGAUCAUUAUCAGCACUAUUGUGCUGGUAUUGGAGUCAGUGGAGGAGCUAAAAAGACACUACAUGUUUGAAUCGGUUUGUUAUGGAAUAGAAGUGUUUGUGAACGUCUACUUUACGAUACAGACUGUGGUCCUCAUCACAGUCUAUCCUAGCAAGAAACUUUACUUCUCGAGCGCCACAAACUGGAUCGAUAUUAUCUCCAUCCUUCCUUUCUAUCUGAAACUAAUUGCUAAAGACUACCUCGAGCAGGUCGGAGGAUUCAGAGUUCUACGUUUAAUCCGUCUUCUCCGAAUCCUGAAACUCUUCCGACACUCCCCCGGAAGUCAGACGAUGAUCCACUUCCUGAUGACGAGUAUCCCGGAGAUCGUGCUCCUUCUUUUAAUGUGGAGUAUAGGGGUCCUUAUGUUCGGACCACUCAUUUAUUUCGUGGAGCGGGACCCUAGCAGACACCUCGUCAUCCCCACUUAUAAUCUUACUGACAACAUCAUCAUGAAUGAAAACCUGACUGAUAACUUAAGCGCCAACCUAACUACUAGCAUAAUUUGGAACCUAGCCAGUAACGUUACUGGUAACCUAACUGGCAAUUUAAUUGGUAGUCUAAAUGGUAACCUAAUUGGUAACCUAAUUGGAAACUUACCUGGUAACCAACUUGCUUACCUAGCUGCUAACCUGACUACUAACCUUACUGGUUACAUUACUAGUGACCUAAUUGGUAACAUUAACGGUACACUUAUUAGUGACCUGAACGGUAACCUGGCUGGUAACUUAACUGGCAAGCUCAUCGGUAGCCAAACUGGUGACAUUAGUGGUAACCUAACUGGUAACCUAACCGAUCACAUGGUUGGUAACCUAGUUGGUAACCUAAAUGUUAACCUAAUUGGUAAGCCGAUUGCAAACCAGCCAACAUCGAAUCCAGCUCAGUUUAACAGCGCUUUUAGUGGUAUGUGGUUCUGUGUGGUUACUAUCGGGACAGUGGGUUACGGAGAUAUGGUUCCCAGGACUGAGUUCGGCAAGAUCCUGGCUGCGUGCUACACAAUUGUUAACCUGACCAUCAUGACUAUACCCAUCUCCAUAAUCAUUACUAAGUUUAACAAGAGUAUGAAGAGUAUUAAGGGUCAUUCUUGAAGAGGGAAGCUGUUACGUGUUGAUGGUGUGGUAGCUGGUCGGUGGAGCAUCUUCACUGAACUACUCAAAUUAAGGUCUGUGAGAUGAAGUUGAAGUUCACAUCGAGAAUGUCGAACACAUUUCAUUUGUUCAAUACUGAUCAGGACUGAGUCUAAGACAUGGAUAUUGGAUAAGAAAUCAAUAUCGAAGAUGAAAUUGGAUUGAACAAUAUGUAAUAGGCCGUGCGUGCUGCAAAUAACA